AUGGCGACCGACGUGGCUGAGACUCCCGCGCCGUUGGCGGAGGCGGCCCCCCAGGCCCCCGCCGAGGCCCCGGCGGCGCCCGCCGCCGAGGCGAAGCCGGCCAAGGCCAAGAAGGCCGCCGCGCCCAGGAAGAAGACGAGCCCGACCCACCCGCCGUACGCCGAGAUGAUCUCGGAGGCGAUCACGUCGCUGAAGGAGAGGACGGGGUCCAGCCAGUACGCGAUCGCCAAGUUCGUGGAGGACAAGCACAAGGACAAGCUCCCUCCCAACUUCCGCAAGCUCCUGCUCGUGCAGCUCAAGAAGCUCGUCGCCGCAGGCAAGCUCACCAAGGUGAAGAACUCGUACAAGCUGCCGGCCGCACGCGCCCCCGCCGCCGCUAAGCCUAAGCCGAAGCCCAAGCCCAAGCCCAAGGCCGCCCCGAAGAAGCCCAAGACCGUCGCGAAGAAGCCCAAGGCUGCCGCCAAGCCCAAGGCCAAGGCCCCUUCCAAGGCGAAGCCCGCCGCAAAGCCUAAGGCCCCUGCUAAGGCGAAGCCCGCUGCCAAGCCGAAAGCCGCAGCCGCCAAGCCGAAGGCUGCAGCCAAGCCCAAGGCAGCCGCCAAGCCGAAGGCCAAGCCAGCUGCCGCGAAGCCGAAGCCGAAGCCGAAGGCCGCCGCCGCCAAGCCGAAGCCAGCUGCCAAGAAGGCCGGACGCCCCGCCAAGGCCGCCAAGACGUCGGCCAAGGACACGCCGGGGAAGAAGGCGCCGGCGACCAAGAAGCCCGCGGCGGCCGCGAAGAAGUCCCCUGCCAAGAAGGCCGCUCCGGCGAAGAAGUCUGCUGCCCCGGCGCGGAAGGUGCCUGCCCGGAAGGCGAAGAAGUAG